AUGGCAUCGAUAUUAGAGUUGGCGCUUGACGAGAAAGUCUGCAUAAAAGAUAUUAUAAUCUGGCUUUUGUCAAAAAGCAAAGAUGAAAGCCUUCCCGAUGUCUUUAAAGAACAUAAGACUGUUCGACAAGAAUUUAUUCCAUUUUUUCUCAACUACUUAAGAGACCAGACUCUUCAUUUGCUUCAAAAUUCCAAAUUAAAUGGAUCACCAUCAAAAACACCAUUGUCAAGCCAAUGUUCAGAUACCAAUAAACAGUUAAAUAAGAAAGUGAAUCCUAACAGUUCCUCUAAACGAAUGCAGCUAUUUGAAGACAGUCCUUCUGAUAAUAACAAAGAGUUCUGUUCACCUAUUUAUUCUCCUGGCAAUGAAUCUCCUGUUUUUCGUAAUUCAUCUGAACGACAGAAAAAAUAUGAUCAGAAAUUUUUUCAGAGAGGACACAAAUCACCCAAUAUGACUCCAGAGCCCAAAAGUGGGAAAUAUAAAUUGAGUCUUGGUGAAUUUAUGUCACCAGAUCCUGGACAGAGGAGAAAAUCUUCUCCCUUCUCAAGUACUAAUAAAGACUUGAGAGAAAACUCCCCAUCUCCUACUGUCAUGAUAUCAGACAGAGGAAAUAAAAGUUCAGGAAAGAAAAGAGCAACAUUACAUACAAUAAGCAAAAAUACAAGCUCAUUUAAAGAGAAGUCCCCAGUAUUCAAUUUGUCUGAAAAUGAUUUCCCUCCAGUUGGUGCAACAAAUAAUAACAGAGAUGAGACACCAAAACCGAAGAGAAGAAUCAACCCAACUCAGUUAUUACCAGAUGCAAAGAAGAAUGCGGCAGCUAAAUUCAAGAAAUUAGCUGAGGUUGUAGAGAAACCUGGGAAUGCUAAUAUAAAUGGUGUUAAAAGUGAUACAGCAAUGUCAUCAGUUGAUGGUGAUAUUUGUCUUGCUGAUGAAAGAGAAUUACUAAGGCAUCUAGGCAGUGAAUGUUUAUUUGGUUUUAUGUCUGAUAGGAAAGAAAAAGCGAAGAGACUGUCAAUGGAAUCAAUGUCUACAACAUCAACUGUCUCAACACCGUCCAAAUUUAGCCUGGAUAGAAGAACUAGUUGUAGUAGUAAUACUGAGUAUAUAACAGCUUGUCUACAUCUUGUAACUCAUAGUGAUAAACUUAAUAUCUUGGUUCAACUUUAUUCUAGUUGUCUUGAUGAACAUUUGUUUCCUAAUAUCUCUGUAGAAUUGUAUUUCUUGAUACAAUUAUUGACUUCAUUAUCAGAAGAUAUAAAACCUGACACACCUUCUGUAAAUAUAGAUUCAGAAGAUAUGAGUUUAUUUGUAACUGUACAUAAUGCUGUAUAUUUCUCAGUAAAUGUUCUGCAAAAACAAUUAAAUUUGCUGAAGUAUCUAGACAGAAGUGUUAUCAAAUUGUUAGCAGAAAAUAAAAGACUGGUGGAUUUUUCUUCAGAACUGCAUUCCAAUCUUCUUGAGUUGUACACUAGCUCUUUUUCAGUAAAGAAAUAUCCAACUUGUCCCAGAUCACCAAUAGGUGGUGUAUCAUUUCAAGCUGAUACAGAUAACAGAAAAAAUUUUCCUAGUGAUAAACUAUUUCACCAAUUUAAAAAACAAAGAGAUAUGUUCUAUGAAUUGAUAAGAGAGUGGGAGGAGAAGAGACUGACUACUGGCUGGUCUGUACAGGAAGUUCUAGGAAAUAAAAUCAGGUUUUUAGUCAAUGUCAAUACAGAUUUAGUCAAUCAUCUACAUUUUGCUAGGCUUUUUCUUUCACAGUUAAUAUCGAUGUGUAAAGGGGAUGGGGUUAUUAGAACAGAAGAUGAUGAUAAUAUUGCUCUAUUGGCUCAUUUAAAGAAAACCAAUCCUGCUAAAUUUAAAAAACUUCAAGAGAGAUUUAUUCAACCAUUUAGUGUAGGUGGACCAUGUCCUCCAGUCAGCUUUCCUGGAAAUCAGGAAUUUUUUAAAGAAUUUAUUGUUGCUGCUUCCAGUCCUGUAUUGAAUCAACAUUUAUCUAAUAUAUUUACUGGUAAAAUUAAAAAGUUAAACAGUACAGAAUUUAGUCAAAAUCCCUCAGAAGAAAAUCAAGAAUCAGAAGGCAUAAAUCAGGUAUUUCUUCUUUCUAAAAAAGCUGUUUAUUUCCUUUUAAUUACACAUAAAAUCAAACAUUAUAUAAUUAAAAGAUAUUGUAGUUCAGAACAUCCUUAA